CGGAAAAAGAGCUCAUCCCUCCAAGCAUGCGCUGGCGGAUGCUCUUGGCGCUGGCGCCGCUGGCCCUCGGUGACGCGCCGCUAGCUACGUACCUGGAGGCGCGCGCCAACGACAGCCUCCUUUGCGUCUACCUCUUCAACGCAUCCGCGCCGUUCACGUCGCUCCUGCAAGACUGCCCGUUUGGCGACUUGGUACCGAUCGCGGCGACGCCGCUGUCGCCGCGCCACGGCGUGUUCUUGCGCAAUACGUCAUCUCCCCACGACGCGCAGCUCGUGUCGCAGUCGCGCGCCAAAGCGUCGACCAUCUACACUACGGCGGUCGGAAAGGGCAUGACGUUCGAGCUCGUGGCGCGCGUCUACAAGCCGACGCCGCCCAACGUCAACGCCAACCUCUUUGCGCUUGCAUCGCCUUUUGACGACUGCACCAACCCUGGCAUUAGACUCGAAGUCAGCGAUCGACAACUCCUCGUGCUCAUCUUCUACUCGCUGCAGUCGACGCCGGGCGGCACGAUGGUCUGCUACGAAGAGAGCUUUUAUUCGAUGACCGAAGCCGACGGCGCAUGCCAAGUGCCCGUGGGCACGCGCGACGCACCGCCGCCGUUCGUGCAUCUCUUCGCAUCGAUCGUACCUGACGGCGGCGCGUCAUGGACCACACGUUUCUUGAUCUCGUACGUCGACGCGACAGGACUGCACACGUGCGCGUCAUACAACUCCAUGGGCGGAUCCCAAUCGGCCGCGGACUUGGCGUCAGUGACGGGGGCGUACACGCUGUACAUUGGCAACAACGCGCGGGAGCCCCAAGCGCGGCCGCCGCCGCGCGCCGCGCGGCAGUUCCACGGGUCCACACCCGCACCGACGCUUCCGCCCACAGUCCUCUCGCUGCUGCAGAAAGGCCAGGACCGACUGGAGCUGCUCUUGCCAUCGUCGGGCGGCGUCUUCUUUUCGGUCAACGGCAAAAAGGUCGUCGACGUCGAUCGCGACGGUAUCGCGCUUGGCAACAAUGGCACCAAGUACGGUCUACCGCAGCUGACGCGCCUCGUGUCGACGGCCAUCGACGCGCUGGGUCCGACCAACGCGCUUCUCAAGCAAAAGAAUGCGACACUCGCCGCGAUCGCCAAUACCACAGUCGUCGACUGGGCGCGGCACCCGACGCAUGCGCGGUACCCACCGCCGAACGCCUCGGUGUACAUGGAUGUCUUGUUCUUUGCGAUGGCUGCCGUCCCGAUGGACGCCGAGACGCUGCUCGCACGCGCCCAGCUUUCAUUCCCGCACUUCGGCCUCGGCAGAAACCGCACAUUGCACAUUGCGCAGGACACGAGCACGCAGCUGCGAUUGACCGAAGGCGCGUGGAACGACCCCGCUGCCGUGCUCCGACUCAUGGCCGCACCCGUGCGUGGAACACUCCAGUCGUGCGACGCGCUGCCUACGAAACUAAGCGCCGGUGACGUCGUCAAGGACCAGUGUGCCAUCUUCAUCCCGCCCCCCGGGCUCGCCAAUGCCAACAUGCCACUGCAGAACAAGUACAUGGUCUCGCAACGCCGCGAGCCGUUUGCUACUGUGGCGUAUGCGCUGGCGCAGGAGCCAUUCAGCGUGGCUACUGGGAUCGAUGUCUUUGUCGAUGCAGCCCCGGCGCCGGCACCGACGCCACCAACGGCGCCAACCAUCGUCCUCGUGAGCCCGCCGUACGUCGUCACAUCGGACGCACCCUACCACGGAGAUGCCCAUUUUUCAAUGCAACUUUUGUCCAACGCGGACGAUCCAGCGACGCUGUUCCGCGUGACGCUCACCAGUGCCACGACCGGCGGCGCGCUUCGCUCUGAUACCGAUGGCCUCGCGUCGCCGACCGCGCGGAGUUAUUGCGCGUUCACGCCCAAUAGUACGGCGCUGUGCUUGGCCCGCGAUCCAAAGAGCGAUGGUGUUUUCUACGAGCUGCACGGAGAGCGCCAGAGCCCGACGCGACUUGUGUUUCGCGGAUCACUGGACCAAGUGCGGCGCGCGCUGGCCAAUGUCUCGCUGACCAACUGGCGUCAUGCGCCACACAAUGCCUCGGUGCGUCUGCAGCUGCAAGCGCUUGAGUCGCUCGAGACGCUGGUCGCACGCACCGUUGUCGUGCAUUUUCGUAGCGGCACGACCGCGCACGCUACGACUCCAUGCUCAAACCUCUUUGGCUUCCUUCCGCUGUGUACCGAGUCGUUUGGCAACGGUGCUGUGCUCAGCACGCUAAGUCUUAUGGCUCUCACAGCGUGCAUUCGCCGCCGCCAGAGCAGAACGCGCCAGGUUGCGCGCAAGAAGCGCCAAGCAGCCUACCAGGUGUCGACCCAAGACGAGUUUACCGGCAUCUUGGACCAGCUUUUGCGCAUCAUGCUCGAGCCGAGCUUGGAGGGCCCGACGCUUCUCUGGCGCGCGUGUCGCUACGCGCCCGAGCAGUUGCUCUGCGUCGAGACGCUCGUUGUCGUGCUCAGCUUGCAACAAGCGAUGCCGGCCUUUCUGGCGCACCUCCGGAACGAUCCGGAUACGACCGAUGACGUGGCAGUCCACGCGCGCUUCUUUUGUAAAUUCAUGGGCCGCGACUGGUUUAACCGGGUCGUGGCGCACGCACACGGCGAAGUGACGACGACAUUUACCGACGCCUUCUUGCACUGCGUGCGCCAGAACCUCCACUCGGUGCCGGUCGAGAUCCGUGUUCUUAUCCACAGCAUCGCGCCUGCUCCCGUCGUCGUCCUCGACUGGCUGCUGCUACCGGGCCUCGCUGCUGUCGCAGGCUACGACGAGGCUGCUGAGGUCCACGCUUGCAUGGAGACUCUGCGACGUGGUAGCGCCGAUACCCGGGUGCGUGGGAUCCUCGAGGCCCUUGCGGAUCAGGACGCGCAGUAUCGACCCGAGUCCAAGGAGCCCAUGGUUCUCCAUCGGGACUUGCUUACGCACGUACUUCGACACCUCCACUGCCUCUGCGCCCAUCAUGUAGACACCAUGGCCAAGACGGCUGGCGCAGAGGUCCUGGACGACGCGCUACCGCCGACGGGCCAUCGUAUUCGAGACGUGGUCUUGGCGUUGGGGCCGAUCUCGAUGGACUUGCCCGGACUCCUUGCGCUCACAGCGCCAGGCCCACUCGUCUACCAUCCAUAACAUAAUAUGGCAUGCGUCCUGCACGGCGUGGACCCGA